UCCGAAUUUACCUAAUCCAACACGUUUGAUUAAAAUGAUUAUUAUUCAUAAAUUUAUAUAUAACUGUCACAAAUGACACAACUUAAAUGAUCGUAUAGUUAAAGAAUGCAAAGUAAAGAGUUUGAUGAAUCCAAUUCUCAAAAAUUAAUAAAAUAUUGCUCUAAUAUUGUUUUCAAGUAUGCAUUAACUGGAAUUCAAAACUUGUUCCACUUAUGGGUGCUAGUUUAUACGUUUCUUGCAGAACUUAAAAGGUUUUAUUUAUCGUCUACAAGGCGAAUAUCUGGUGGGCUGAGUUAUGAUUACUUGCAAUACGACAUAAGCAACCUUACCAAGCUUCCUCGGCACUUAAGUUUUGUUGUAAAUGAAGAUAUUAAUACAAAUUCAUGUGAAAUUGCUAAUUUAUUGUGUUGGACUAUUGCCAUGGGAAUUCCUUAUAUAACUUUAUAUGACAGGCAUGGAAUUUUCAAAGCUGGUGAGAAACAGUUAGGGAAACUUAUCAAUAAGAAAGUUAUAGAUUUUUUUGGACAGGAACGAUCUCAAGAAAUUUCAAUUAUUCUCAAGGAUAGCUCAAAUACUUAUAAAAAUGGAAUCACUUUUCCGCGAAGAUUUUGCAUCCAAAUUCUUUGUGAAGAAGAUGGUAGAACAGAUAUAGCACUUACAGCAAAGUCAAUAGCUAAAAUGUACACACAAAAAAAAUUGGAUCUUUUAAACAUUGAUUUAAACUACAUUGAUAAGUCUUUAAAUGCAAUAAAAAAUAUUCCAGAUCCAGAUAUGGCAAUCCAGUUUGGUCCUGUUUAUUCAUUAAUGGGGUUUUUACCCUGGCAAACAAGACUCACAGAGAUUUUUCACGUUCAAACCUACAAAAAUAUAUCUUACGACACAUUUCGACAAUGUCUAGUUAAGUAUAGUAAGUGCGACCAAAGAUUAGGAAAGUAAUUACAAAUUGUGACAUGUAAAUUAUUAAAUAUCUAAAGAACAGUUGACAAGAACUUCGGUAGACAUUUGAUUUAUUUAUUUUUAUUAAUUUGAAAUAAAUUUAUUAAUGAAAAAAUAUUCAUAAAUUUUUUUAAAAAAAAUUUUAAUUACAUGUUUGUAUUUUAUAUUUAAAAUUAAAAAUUGUUCUUGCUCUAACUUUUUGUGUUCCUACACUAGUUGUUGUAAUUUGUAAAAAAAAAAAUAUGUUGGUUUUGAAAAAAAUCAAAAAAUAUAUUUUUUUAGAAAAUAAUUUUAUAAACCACAAGUUCAUUAUGUAAUAUGCUUUUAUUUAGCCCAUUACCUCAAACUAAACAUUUUAAUAUUAUACAAAUUUAUUUUAUUAUGGAUGUUUUGUUUUAUCGAUUUUAUAAAUAAAGAAAUUAUUUUAUAAAAAAAAAGCGCGUAGUUAGUUUAUAGAUAACAUUUAAAAAGUUAUUUUGAUUAUUUAUUUGGAAUGGAAAUAUUCUAUACCAAUAA